AUGAUCAUCUUCCUUUUCAUCACUAUUUUCUGUGAAGUCGCAUCAGGUUAUGGUGAGUACGGACAAAAUGGUCUGGUCUAUGGUCCACCUUCUGAAGCACUCUACGAAGUCUAUUCUGAUUCUCGAGAACAUCGUCGUCCGAAGAAAAAAUGCAAAAAGUUGAGACAUUUUGUGUUUGAAACUGAUAGAGACAAUCAAGUCAAUCGGGAACCAACUUAUUCAUAUUUGGAAAAAGACGGAAAACAAUACGUCAAGAUAAGCUGUCCGAAUGAUGGUCAAUCGCAUGCACUGGUUACAGAUAAUACUGAAAAAGAUGUGGAAAUCUAUUCUCCAGUUUAUGAUGCUGCCGUAUUGACUGCUGGAUAUUAUAUACAUUAUUUGGCAAAAUGUGAUGGAGAUGAUAUUUGGGCAAUGACAACUGAUUGGAGAAGAAUUAAAGUCGAAAUGGUUGCUUGCAUAUCAUACAUGACGUUUGAUGCCCAACUAUAA